UCCCCCUCUCUCUCUCCACGAGAGUUUCGGAAAAGAGAAGCAACAAUGGCGAUGAAGAAGCUCUUCAUGAUCUCGUUCACAGUAACUUCUAUCUUCUUCUCCCUCCUCUAUCUCCUCUUCGCACCCACCACAGUGACCAUGACCUCCAUGAUCGAGACCCUGAAAACCCCGAUUUUGCCCUUUAGACCCCAGCAAAAUCUCAACUCUACCCUCCCCCGCUUCGCCUACCUGAUCUCCGCCUCCAAAGGCGACACCCAGAAAGUGAAACGCCUUCUCCGGUCGAUCUAUCACCGUAGCAACCACUAUCUCAUCCACUUAGACCUCGAAGCUCCGAAAUCAGAGCAUCAGGAGAUGGCGAGAUUCGUGGCCGGAGACCCUCUGUUUCGGCCGGAAGGAAACGUAAUGCUUGUCGGAAAGCCGAAUCUGGUUACCUACAGGGGACCCACGAUGUUGGCGACGACGCUUCACGCCAUGGCCUUGCUCUUGAGGUGUUGUCGGUGGGAUUGGUUCAUCAACCUCAGUGCCUCUGAUUAUCCUCUGGUUACUCAAGAUGAUCUGAUUUAUGCCUUUUCCGAGUUACCGAACGAUCUCAACUUCAUACAGCACACGAGUCGCUUGGGCUGGAAAAUGAACAAGAGGGGGAAACCAGUGAUAAUAGACCCAGGGCUUUACAGCCUCAACAAGUCUGAGAUAUGGUGGGUUAUCAAACAAAGAAGCCUCCCUACUGCCUUCAAGCUUUUCACCGGGUCGGCUUGGACGUUCCUAUCGAGACCGUUCUCGGAGUAUUGCGUAAUCGGGUACGACAACUUGCCAAGAACUCUCCUCCUCUACUACACCAACUUCGUGUCUUCCCCGGAAGGGUAUUUCCAGACGCUCAUCUGCAACUCGGACGAGUUUAGGAACACGACAGUGAACCACGACCUCCACUACAUCUCCUGGGACAACCCUCCCAAGCAGCAUCCGAGGAAUCUGGGACCGAAAGACUUCCGGAAGAUGGUCAUGAGCAACCGCCCUUUCGCUAGGAAGUUCAAGAGGAACGAUCCCGUUCUCGAUAAGAUCGACAAAGAGCUUCUGAAGAGGAAACCGAGGAGCAAAGACGGGGGAGCGGAGUUGAGGCCAGGGCCAGGAGCGAGGAGGCUCAGGAGUUUGCUGAUGAGACUUAUGCUCAGAAAGAACUUUGACAAGAGGCAAUGUAGGUAGUGGAGAAGCUUGGCCAUCUCAUGUGGGCCCCGAGAUUAAGACCAGAUAGAUUUGUUUGAGGAUGUAAUGAAAUAAUAAAUAGAAAUCUUUUAGAGAAUUUAUCUCCAAUCAUAUGAUCUUCUUCGAUUA